AUGAAUUCUGGUCCUAGGAAUUUCAUCACGACCGAGCAAGAUCAUGGUGGAAUUGCAUUGACCAUAUGUACGCUCAUGGCAACCUGGGUCGUGCUCUGCUUCGGUGUGCGUAUCUACAUGCGAGCCACGGUUAGCGGACCCUUUGGCAUCGACGACAUCAUAUUCACUGCCGCUACGCUCUUCGGUAUCUUUCACGCCAUCGUAUCCUCUACCGCAAUCAUCUCCUUUGGUAUGGGCAAAUCGUUGGUUCUGUUGACGGGCUCACAGAUCAUACACGCACAGAAGGCUGUGUAUGCGGCAGAUCUCAUCUACUUCAUCGUCAACGCCUUGACCAAGUGUACCGUGGCCCUGCUCCUCGCACGGAUCGUCUUCGUCCGAAGGCGCGUCUACGCCUGCUACGGAGUCGUCGUCCUCGCAUUCCUGUGGGGAGUGAUAUCCUUGAUCGUCGGAGGCUUCCAAUGCAGCGAGCAUCCCGGAUGGAAAAUUGUGGGCGAACGAUGCGACAACUUCCUCCUCUCGUGGCGCGUCGUGACAGCCUUCGACGUGCUCAUCGAAGUAUUCAUCUUUGCCAUUCCCGUCUGGGUAGUCUGGGAUCUCCACUCCAACAUCAAGAAAAAAAUGACCGUGAUCGCCGUCUUCGCAUUCCGGCUGCCUGUUAUCGCUGCUGCAAUUCUGCAAAUCCACUAUCUCAGCUACGCUAUCGAAUCGGGCGACCCGUUGCUGCAUGGAGUCUCUGCUUUCAUCUGUCGCAAUGUUGAACUGCACUGGGGAUUGAUCUCCGCCACCAUCCCCACCCUGAAGCCCUUCAUGGCUGCAUUCAACACGAAUCUCGGC